AUGGAUUCCUGGCGACCUUCGUUUGCCAGGUGCAAUGGUGAGCCUACGACGGCAUCUACAAGCACUGCUUCGAGAUGGGAAGGCGGUCACUCAGCUUGGGCAUGGAGUGCCGCUGACGGUGACGAGGAGCAGUGGGGUGCCGGGGGCGGUGAGUUAGGCUCAGCUAGCCUUGGAGGUGAAGGUCAGAAGGAUCCAUGGUGGGGUUCACAUGUUGCGGAUCCCUGGGUGCCCAAUGCAAGUAGUGAAAGUGGUAGCGGUAACAGUCAGAAGAAACCUAGUGCCAACUACGAUGGAUGGCUGGAUGAUGCACAGAUGAGAAAUUUCAAUGUAGCGCAGGUGGAGCAGACCACUGCGAUGUCACAUGGGAGAUGGUAUGGUGAAAAUCAUGGUAGCAAUGCAGCAAACUGGAAUGAAGGGUGGUGUAAUCAUGAUGGAGACAAAGGAAAACCUACUGAGAAGCUGGUGGUUCCCGAGUUUGAUGGGGAGGGCACUAGCGACCAAGACCUAGGCAAAUCUGCAAGGUCUUACAUCAGGAAAGUCCAGGUGUGGUUGCGUUGCACCAAGCUUCCAGCACAUCAGCGAGCUCUGGCCUUGUACAACUCUUUGGGUGGACGGGCUUGGGUGUACGCUGAGGAGCUGGAUGUGGAUCGUCUUGCCACUGACAGUGGCGUCUCCUACUUCAUGCAGUGGAUCCAGACGAGGUUCAUGGAGGUCGAGGUGUCCAAGGUUGCCCAGUUGAUGUCCGACCUCUUCAAGCGCGGAAAGCGGAAGCCAGAGCAGUCUGUGCGGGACUUCAACGUGGAGUUCGAGCGGCUGGUCUUGCGCUUGGCGGAGAUCCAAUGCAGUGUUCCGCCUAUGAUCAAGGCAUGGCUGUACCUGGACAAGUUGCGCCUCUCAGAGACGGAGGAGUUGGCCUUGCUGUCCAGCGUGAACAAUGACUACGACUGCAGAAAGCUCCAGCAUGCUGCGCUUGUCCAAGAUAGAACAAUCAGGCGCCCGAACCACUGGAGCCCUGAUGAUGGACGUGGAGGUGGAAAGCGCUGGGGCCGCCAAUCGGUCCACAUGACCAACAAUGAGGAGGGAGCUCUCUCCUCUGAAGAUGAUGGACAAGGGGGCAACCUCUCUGAUGAUGGUGAGAUUGUGGAUGAGGACACCGCCAUGGAGCACUACUCAGCGUACAUGACGUACCAGGGGGCGAAGGCGAAGUACCGUGAGGUGCUGAAAGGCAGGGGGGUCGACAAGGAUGCCAUGGACAAGCGCAACCAGGAUAGGCUGCGAUUGGCAAAGCAACGGAGCUAUUGCAGUGCCUGCAAGCGCAGAGGCCAUUGGCACAAGGACCCUGAGUGCCCACUGAGACAAAAGGGUGCUACAUCGUCUUCGGCCUCGUCUUCUGGUGGUGGUGGCGGUGGUCAGGUGCAAUCAGUCAAUUUUGUGCACCAGUGCUACAUGACUGAGAAUGUCCAGGGCGCAUCCCAUAACCUCCAAGCGGGGCAAUUGCUUUCUGCAGGUCAAUCCUAUGAGACUGAGUAUAACCUGGGCGCAUCCCUUGGUCUUCAAGAGUGUGGAUUGCUUUGCAGUUCUUUGUGCUUUAUGACUGAAGAGUGCGAGGCGGAAGGGGGCUUGCCUAUCAAGACGGAUGGCGCCAUUUUGGAGCCUGACAACAAGAUGCUGCUGGCCAUCGUUGACACGGCCUGCACAAAGACUGUCGCCGGCUACGAUUGGUUUGAGCAAUAUGUGAAAGUAGCUGACGAUGCGGGCAUCCCGGUCAGCACAGUGGAUGAGGCUGAGCACUUCAAGUUUGGUGCCUCCAAGGUUUACAAGUCUCUUUUCGCAGUGAAAGCAUGGUUUGCAAUUCAUGGCAAAGUGUUUGGCGCCAGGGUGUCAAUUGUUCCUUGCAAUGUACCUCUUUUGUUCAGCAGACCUGUGCUCGGCAGUUUGGGCAUGUGCUACGACGUUGCAAAGCAACAAGUUGGGCUCGCAGCUUUGGGCCUCAGUGAACUGCCGCUGCUGACUAGUCCGACCGGACAUCCUGCACUUUUGGUCUCUGAUUUCCUUAGUGAUCCAAAGCUGGCGGAACUGCCGGAUUUCUCACCCGAGAAGGUGCACAUUCCUGCGGAGGAAGCAUACAUGAGUGCGAGUGUGGGGGGCUUCAAACCAUUGUUUUAUCCAAAGAAGCUUUCAAGAGAAAUCCAAAUCAUGCUGGAGUCCAAUCACACAUUGAGUGGAGCGAGCUUCAUGGGUUGGUGGAAAAACGCAAACCAGUCAAGAGACUUUUGGAUGGAGACUGAAUGUGAGUUCAUCAGAGUGCAUGUCGUGCCACGGAAACAUUUAUUUAACCCUUCAGCAUGGAACACAUCUUUGGUGACACUCAAGCAGCAACUGCUUGAUAGCCUGGAUGGACAUCGUAUCACAGAGCAUAUUUCAUGUUUGUCAGAAGGAGUUUUGUCAUCCGUUUUGGAAGAUGACACAUACCAAGAGACCAUUGCUCCAAAGCAUGUCAACAGUCCAUGGAUCGGACGCAGUCGUUUUCGCAAGUUCAAAGUUGCGACCGGCGACACCCACGAUCUUCCCGGCCUUUUAGACGGCACGAAUGCCUGCGUCCGGAACGUCGCCAUGGUCCAUGAGGAAGGCCGAGCUGACGGAAGAGCUGGAGCGCCGGGGGGUGCCAGUCCAUGGCAACUGGUCAGUGCCGGAGCUGCGGUCCAUCUUGAUCGAGCAGCGGGAGUUGGAGAAGCCUGCAGCCCAGGGCAACCCAUUGAAAGGGCUGACCAAGAUGUCCCUGCCGGAGUUGGUGAAGGAAGCCGAGCAGCUGCAGCUGACGAUGCCUGCCAAGCCCACCAGGGGCCUUUUGAUGCGGAUGAUUCGCGACUCCAAGAGUGCCCCAGGCCAGACGGUCGUGAGUUUUGGGAAGUUCAAAGGUUGGAUGUACCACGAGGUUCCUCAGGGGUACUUGCAAUGGAGCAUGCAGGAGGUGAAAGCCAACCCGAAUUCUCACCCAGACUUAGUCAGACUGGCAACCUGGGCCCAAGGAGAGAUGGAGCGCCGGCAGAAGGCGUCCAGCAGUGGGAUUCCUGUGGCGAAAGACCCGGAGGCGAUGGCGGUGGUCCCGCCGCCAAAGAUGAAGGAGCUGGCUCGGCAGUCGGAGUCGUCCGACGCCUCUUGGAGCAGGGUCGGAGGCUCUUCCCGAAAGGGGAACACCCGCAAGGGCCCACAGGUGAUCAGCGACAGCGACCUGGAGGAGGAGGACGAAGAUGCCAACCUCACGAUCAAGAAGUUGGAGGAUCGCAUUGCUGCCCUCAAGAAGCGCAGCAGCAGUUGAUGUUGCGUCAUGGAGAGCUCUCGCAUGGCGGCACAUCCAGCGAGGGCAGGGCUUUUGAAUGUGCCCAAGGACAAUCUGGGCCCAACUAUGACAUCAAGUAUGACGCCAUCAACUUGCAAGCUCCGGAUGAGCGCAUGGUGACGGUGGAUGAUGCGACGAUCGGGCCCAGCAGCAAUGGGAGUAUGGCACAACACUAUGACACAAAGUAUAACACCAUCACCUUAGACACUCCGGAUGAGCGCAAGGUUUUGGUGAAUGAGGCGACGAUCGGGCUUGGCGAUGGUGGCUCUGAGAUCAAGUAUGACACACUCACCUUGGACACUCCGGCUGAGAACGAGGUGCUUGUGAAUGAGGCGACAAUCGGGCACGGCAGUGAUAGCUCAUCGGGGGAUGGCCUAUGUAGCGGGUCACUGAAGGCAAGGGCAAGAGCUGGCAUGCGUCGCCGAAAGAUGGCCAACCGGAGCACUACGCAGAAACUGCGGGACGAGGCCGUGAACUUGUGCCACGUCAUGAUCGCCUGCACCCUGAUGGUUGGAAGUUGGGCAAAGGAGCUCAUGGAGGACCCACUUUGGGAAGCAUGGGCGGUGUUGCAGCCGCGACACCACAUGCGCCGUUGUGAGGGUGGCGCAGAUUGUUUGGAGAUUUUUGCGGGCGAGGCCAGGAUUUCGGGCGCCUAUGCCCGUCAUCGACGAGCAGUGCUACAACCAAGGGACGUGCGCUACAACCAUGACUUGCGCCGUCAACAAGAUCAAGAUGAAGUGGUGGAAGAAGUGAUUUCACAGCGACCAAAGCUGGUAUGGAUGGCACCACCAUGUACGUACUGGUGCAAAUUUUCUCAUUUGAACUACAACCGUCAAGAGCUGAGACGACUCCGCAAGCGGGAAGCCGCACUGGUCAGGUUCACUGGUCGGAUUUUUGAACUACAACACAGUCUUGGGGGCAUCGCAGUCAUUGAGAACCCCAGGAGCAGUGACCUGUGGCGGCAUCCUGAACUCCAGCGUUUCUUGGGGCAGGUGGCAUGUUUUGCCGAUGUGGAUCUAUGUCAGUUUGGACUGAAGAGCCUUCAAGAUGGGCGGCCGCUGCGGAAACCACUUGCUUUGCUGACCAACGACCAGGCCUUUGCCGAUGGCAUUACUCAAAAGUGUGUGGGAGGUGAACAUGAACACCGGCCAAUCCAGGGCCGUGAUACGGCCUGGACAGCAGUUUAUCCAACUGCCUUUGCCAACGCGGUUUUGCGUGAGGCAGAACGAGCAUGGAACAAUCCCAAAGAGCUCCAUGUGCAGUUCCCUACGGACUUGGUUCAAGCCGAGGAUGCCAAUGAUGAGCAGGAGGUUGCGGCUGGUAGCCAUGAUUGGGAGCAAGAGGCCAUUGGAGCUGCAGGAAUCUCCUUCAAGGGCAAGGUCAAUCCCCAGGUGGGUUCGGUUUUGAAACGUAUCCACCAGAAUCUUGGGCAUCCGCCAAAUCGCGACCUUGUCCGACAUUUGCGGCUGGGUGGAGCACCCGAGAAGCUCGUUAGAGCAGCAGAGCAGUUGGUCUGUCGCACAUGUGAAAGAAGCACGAGGCCUCAAUCUUCAAGGGUGGCCCACCCGUGUGUGGCGCUGGACUUCAAUGAAGCCAUUGCAGCGGAUGUCAUUUGGUUGGACACUGCCACCAGCCGGAAUCAUCCGGCACUCAACAUUGUCGACAUUGCCUCUACCUACCAAGUGGUGGUGCCAGUGAGUAGCACAAAAUCUGAGGAAUUGGCACGUGCCAUGUUGGAGGGGUGGAUCAACUGGGCUGGCGCACCAAAACAUUUGCUGGUCGACCUUGACUCUGGCUUCAGGGACCAAUUCCUCAAGCUCAUGGACAGCCGCUCAAUCAUUGUGCGGUGUGCGGCUGGGCAAGCACAUUGGCAAAAUGGUGUAUGUGAGAGACACGGCGCUACAUGGAAGUCAAUUUGGAGCAAAUUGGUGGACGAGCUCACCGUGGUUGAAGAGGAGUUCGCUGAAGCGGUAGCAUGCACUAGUGAUGCCAAGAACCAGCUGCGCAACAAGUCUGGAUACUCACCUCGUCAGUGGGUCUUUGGAACUCAAAUGAAGAUGACUGGCGAUCUUUUCGAUAGCCACCUUGGCCCUGAGGAGUUCGACAAUAUCACAGCCGAUGAGAAAGUCAGCCGCUCACAUGCCAUACGGCUUGGUGCACGAGCCGCCUUCUUCAGCUGUCAGACCAAGGACGCUUUGCAACGCGCUGUUCAACACAAAACCAGGGUUGAGAAGACCGAGUAUGCGGCGGGUGAGCUGGUCUACAUCUUCCGUGAACUACGACAGCGGAAGGGCAAGAAAAGCGGCAGUGCGUGGAUCGGGCCCGGCACAAUCAUCGGGCGAGAGGGGCACAACUAUUGGGUGGCGAGAGGUGGACGUUGUCUCUUGGCCGCCCCGGAACAUGUGAGGGUAGCUCAUCAUGAGGAGAUUUCUGAGAUGAUCAGACUCAAGACCUCCAUUGCCGAGCUGCGCAAGGUGAUCGACCAAGCUGAUGAUGACCUCAUAGACCAAGAUUAUCAUGAGGAUGAGGUCCAACAUGGGCCAGAGCUCCCGGCCGAUAUGGAUUGGGAACGACAGCCGCUUGACCUGGAGGAACAAUUGGACAUGGAGGUGGAUCAGACAAGCGGCCAUCUUGGGAAAGCCUUGCGCAGAGAAAGGGAACUUGAGUCACAUGUUCGUCGUCGCGAAGCUUUAGACGACGUGCCUCUCACUUUGAAGAAGUCCCGAACAGGUCAACAGGCCUUCAUGGUCAAACACGCCAUCUCAGAGAAGGGCAAGGAGAAACAACUCGAGAAGGAGUUGCCUUGGCAAAUGAUUCCUCCUCAUGAAAGAGACAUGUACCGCCAAGCAGAACAGAAACAAUGGGACGAACACGUCCAAUUUCAAGCAGUGAGGGCCCUCACCAUUGAGGAGAGCAAUGAGGUGAUCAGCAGAGUCAAGCCAGACCGUAUCUUGAACUCACGCUUCAUCUACAGGGACAAGAACUAUGCCAAGCGGAAAGCGGAUGCCAGUGUCGCAGCUAAACCAAAGGCUAGGCUCUGCAUUGCCGGCCAGAAUGACCCGGACUUGGGCAAAGUGGACAUGGUCACGGAUGCCCCUACUACGUCGAGGCACUCUAUCAUCCUGGCGUUGCAGCUGGCUCUUUGCUAUGGGUGGCGAGUCUCAGUCGGAGACAUCCGUGCAGCUUUCCUGAAUGGCAUCCCUGCACCACGAGAGCUGUACUUCAGGCAGCCGAAACGGGGCAUCCCCGGUCUUCAGCCUGGACAAAUUAUAGAAGUGUUGAAGGGUGUGUUCGGUUUGAGCACCAGCCCCAAGCUUUGGUGGAUGAAACUUUCCGGCGAUGUCAAGAAGAUGAAAAUCACCUUCAACGGGGACACCUUCCACGUGAUUCAGAAUGUCAUUGACCCCUGCGUUUUUCAGUUCAUUAAGGACAGAGACUCAUCAGUCUGUGGUCUCCUUCUGACCCACGUAGAUGACUUGAUGUUGAUGGCCGCACCUGAUUUUGCAAGCCAUCUCCAGUCUGAACUCAAGAAGAUGUUUCCCAUUGAAGAUUGGGAGCAAGAUCAUUUUGAGUAUGUGGGCUGCGAGUACAAGUGCACCGCAGAACAAGUGACGAUCACUCAGAAAAACUACGUGAGUGGCAGGGUCGAGAAGGUAUCAGUUCCAGCUGGGGCCAACGAAACAGACCCAGCUACGCCAGAGCAGGUGGAAGAGAACCGCACCGUUAUAGGGUGCCUUUCCUGGCUAGCCAAACAGACCCGGCCAGACAUUCAGUUUUCAGUUUGCCAAGCACAACGGAAGCAGCGGAAUCCAGAUGUUCGAGCGCUGAAGGAGACCAACAAAGUGGUGGCAGCUGCUCUCAGUUUUCCAGAAUCUGGUAUCACUUUGAGGAAGUUGCCCCAUGACCGAUUGUGCUUUCUGGCUUACCAUGAUGCUGCAUGGGCCAAUGCGAAUCCGGACGAUGCGGAACCCCAUGAUGAUGCUUGGUUGGGCGGACAUCAAGUAGCCUCUCAACUUGGCUCCCUCAUUCUGUUGGCAGAUACCAAAUGCCUAGGAGCUGAAGGAGGCACUUUCAGCAUGAUUGACUGGAAGAGCAAAGCAUCUCACCGUGUGUGCCGCUCUACUUUUGCGGGCGAGACAAUGGCCUGCAGUGAAGCGCUUGAGGGAGCGCUCUUUUUGAGGGGGCUCUACAUUUCCUUUGUGACUGGAGCCCGUGUUCCUGAUAGUCAAGGUGGAGCACACUUUGACUUGCAUCUUGUCACUGAUUGCCGAAGCCUGUACGACCACAUCCACAGAGAAGGAAUUCCCCGUGCACCGAGCGAAAAGAGGUUAGCCAUAGACCUAGCCGGUCUGAGGCAGGCGCUAAUGAAAGAGGCAGAGUAUCAAUGGCGCCGCGAGAACGGGGAACAUUUUCAUCCUACUCCUGAGAGGCCUGUCCGACCUCCUCUGCAUUGGUUGCCAACGCAUGAGCAGUUGGCUGAUCUUUUGACGAAACGAUUGAAGGCGGAUGAAUGGUGGAGUAGGCGAGUUGUUGCGAGACGACGCUUGCGGACCGAGGGAGAUGACGUCGUGCCAUCGGUGCCAUCGGUGCCAGGCUUCGCGGGUGAGGUGAAGAUGUUUUUCGGGUGUGAUGGGCUGCGGGAAAUAAAAAGGAGAUCAGAUGCACCAGAGAUCCUGAGGAGCUUGGAGACGGCGAAAGGUGACAGGGAGAGGAAGCAUCGAAAGGAAGGAGACGUUGUCAAACAAGACGCGGUCCAAGCACCGGACAGGUAUAGGAAACAUCGGAAGGAACAGCACGAAGUCAAACAAGACAAGGUCCAGGAACCUGACAGGGCAGGGAGACAUCAUAAGGAAAAGGACGAUGUCAAAGAAGGCAAGGUUCAGGCACCUGGCAAGGCAAGGAGACAUGGGGAGGAAGAGGACGAUGUCAAAGAAGACAGAGUCCAGUCACCUGGCAGAGCAAGGAGCAUUCUGGAGGAAGAGGACGAUGCUAAAGAAGACAAAGUCCAGUCACCUGACAGGGCAAGGAGACAUCAUGAGGAAGAGGACGAUGUAAAAGAAAAUAAGGUCCAGGCAACUGGCAGGGCAAGGAGACUUUUGGAGGAAGAGGACGAUGUCAAAGAAGACAAGGUCCAGGCACCUGGCAGGGCAAGGAGACAUCAGGAGGAAGAGGACGAUGCAAAAGAAGACAAAGUCCAGUCACCUGGCAGGGCAAGGAGACAUCAGGAGGAAGAGGACGAUGCCAAAGAAGACAAAGUCCAGUCAACUGGCAGGGCAAGGAGACUUUUGGAGGAAGAGGACCAUGUCAAAGAAGACAAGGUCCAGGCACCUGGCAGGGCAAGGAGACUUUUGGAGGAAGAGGACGAUGUCAAGGAAGACAAAGUCCAGGCACCUGGCAGGGCAAGGAGACAUCAGGAGGAAGAGGACGAUGUCAAAGAAAACACGCUCCAGGCAACUGGCAAGGCAAGGAGACAUCAGGAGGAAAAGGACGAUGUCAAGCAAGACAAAGUCCAGUCACCUGGCACAGCAAGGGGACUUUGGGAGGAAGAGGAUGAUGUCAAACAAGACAAGGUCCAGGCAGCUAGCAGGGCAAGGAGACUUGUGGAGGAAGAGGACGAUGCCAAAGAAGACAAGGUCCAGGCACCUGGCAAGGCAAGGAGACAUCAGGAGGAAGAGGACCAUGCCAAAGAAGACAAAGUCCAGUCACCUGGCAGGGCAAGGAGACUUUUGGAGGAAGAGGACAAUGUCAAAGAAGACAAGGUCAGGGCACCUGGCAGGGCAAGCAGACAUCAUGAGGAAAACGACGAUGCCGAGCAACAGCAGGAAGAAGAGAAGGAUGUCAAGCAAGACAGGGUCCAGGCACCUGGCACGGCGAGGAGACUUUUGGUGGGAGAGGACCAUGCCAAGCAAGACAGGGUCCGGUCACCUGACAGGGCAAGGACACAUCAGGAAGAAGAGAAGGAUGUCCAGGCACCUGGCAGGGCAAGGAGACUUCUGGAGGAAGAGGACGAUGUCAAAGAAGACAAGCUUCAGGCACCUGGCAGGGCAAGGAGACAUCAGGAGGAAGAGGACGAUGUCAAAGAAGCCAAAGUCCAGGCACCUGGCAGGGCAAGGGCAAGGAGACAUCAGGAGGAAGAGGACGAUGCAAAAGAAGACAAAGUCCAGUCACCUGGCAGGGCAAGGAGACAUCAGGAGGAAGAGGACGAUGCCAAAGAAGACAAAGUCCAGGCACCUGGCAGGGCAAGGAGACUUCUGGAGGAAGAGGACGAUGUCAAAGAAGACAAGGUCCAGGCACUUGACAGGGCAAGGGGACAUAAGGAGGAAGAGGGCGAUGUCAAAGAAGACAAGGUCCAGGCACCUGGCAGGGCAAGGAGACUUUUGGAGCAAGAGGACGAUGUCAAAGAAGACAAGGUCCAGGCACCUGGAAAGGCAAGGAGACUUUUGGAGGAAGGGGACCAUGCCAAAGAAGACAAAGUCCAGUCACCUGGCAGGGCAAGGAGACAUCAGGAGGAAGACGACGAUGUCAAAGAAGACAAAGUCCAGUCACCUGGCAGGGCAGGGAGGCAUCCGGAGGAAGAGGACGAUGCCAAAGAAGACAAAGUCCAGUCACCUGGCAGAGCAAGGAGACUUUUGGAGGAAGAGGACGAUGCCAAAGAAGACAAAGUCCAGUCACCUGGCAAGGCAAGGAGACAUCAGGAGGAAGAGGAGAAUGCCAAAGAAGACAAAGUCCAGUCACCUGGCAGAGCAAGGAGACUUUUGGAGGAAGAGGACGAUGCCAAAGAAGACAAAGUCCAGGCACCUGGCAGGGCAAGGAGACUUCUGGAGGAAGAGGACGAUGUCAAAGAAGCCAAAGUCCAGGCACCUGGCAGGGCAAGGAGACAUCAGGAGGAAGAGGACGAUGACAAAGAAGACAAAGUCCAGUCACCUGGCAGAGCAAGGAGACAUCAGGAGGAAGAGGACGAUGCCAAAGAAGACAAAGUCCAGUCACCUGGCAGGGCAAGGAGACAUCAGGAGGAAGAGGACGAUGCCAAAGAAGACAAAGUCCAGUCACCUGGCAGGGCAAGGAGACAUCAGGAGGAAGAGGACGAUGCCAAAGAAGACAAAGUCCAGUCACCUGGCAAGGCAAGGAGACAUCAGGAGGAAGAGGACGAUGCCAAAGAAGACAAAGUCCAGUCACCUGGCAGGGCAAGGAGGCAUCAGGAGGAAGAGGAUGAUGCUGAGCAAGACAGAGUCCGGUCACCUGACAGGGCAAGGAGACUUUUGGAGGAACCGGACAAUGCUAAAGAAGACAGAGUCCAGUCACCUGGCAGGGCAAGGAGACUGUUGGAGGAAGAGGACGAUGCAAAAGAAGACAAAGUCCAGUCACCUGGCAGGGCAAGGAGACAUCAGGAGGAAGAGGACGAUGCCAAAGAAGACAAAGUCCAGUCACCUGGCAGGGCAGGGAGACAUCAGGAGGAAGAGGACGAUGUCAAAGAAGACAAAGUCCAGGCACCUGGCAGGGCAAGGAGACAUCAGGAGGAAGAGGACGAUGCCAAAGAAGACAAGGUCCAGGCACCUGGCAGGGCAAGGAGACAUCAGGAGGAAGAGGACGAUGUCAAAGAAGCCAAAGUCCAGGCACCUGGCAAGGAAAGGAGACAUCAGGAGGAAGAGGACGAUGCCAAAGAAGACAAAGUCCAGUCACCUGGCAGGGCAAGGAGACUGUUGGAGGAAGAGGACGAUGCCAAAGAAGACAAAGUCCAGUCACCUGGCAAGGCAAGGAGUCAUCAGGAGGAAAAGGACGAUGCUAAAGAAGACAAAGUCCAGUCACCUGGCAGGGCAAGGAGACUUCUGGAGGAAGAGGACGAUGUCAAAAAAGACAAAGUCCAGGCACCUGGCAAGGCAAGGAGACUUUUGGAGGAGGAGGAAGAUGUCAAAGAAGCCACAGUCCAGUCACCUGGCAGGGCAAGGAGACUUCUGGAGGAAGAGGACGAUGUCAAAGAAGACAAAGUCCAGUCACCUGGCAGGGCAAGGAGACAUCAGGAGGAAGAGGACGAUGCCAAAGAAGACAAAGUCCAGUCACCUGGCAGGGCAAGGAGACUUUUGGAGGAAGAGGACGAUGCUAAAGAAGACAAAGUCCAGUCACCUGGCAGAGCAAGGAGACUUCUGGAGGAAGAGGACCAUGCCAAAGAAGACAAAGUCCAGUCACCUGGCGGGGCAAGGCGACUUCUCCAGGAAGAGGACGAUGCAAAAGAAGACAAGGUCCAGGCACCUGGCAGAAGGAGACAUCAGGAGGAAGAGGACGAUGCCAAAGAAGACAAAGUCCAGUCACCUGGCAGGGCAAGGAGACUUCUGGAGGAAGAGGACGAUGUCAAAGAAGACAAGGUCCAGGCACCUGGCAGGGCAAGGAGACAUCAGGAGGAAGAGGACGAUGCCAAAGAAGACAAAGUCCAGUCACCUGGCAGGGCAAGGAGACUUUUGGAGGAAGAGUGUGAUGCCAAAGAAGACAAAGUCCAGGCACCUGGCAGAGCAAGGAGACUUUUGGAGGAAGAGGACCAUGCCAAAGAAGACAAAGUCCAUUCACCUGGCAGGGCAAGGAGACAUCAGGAGGAAGAGGACGAUGCAAAAGAAGACAAAGUCCAGUCACCUGGCAGGGCAAGGAGACAUCAGGAGGAAGAGGACGAUGCCAAAGAAGACAAAGUCCAGUCUCCUGGCAGGGCAAGGAGACAUCAGGAGGAAGAGGACGAUGUCAAAGAAGACAAGGUCCAGGCACUUGAGAGGGCAAGGGGACAUAAGGAGGAAGAGUGCGAUGUCAAAGAAGACAAAGUCCAGUCACCUGGCAGGGCAAGGAGACUUCUGGAGGAAGAGGACGAUGUCAAAGAAGACAAGGUCCAGGCACCUGGCAGGGCAAGGAGACAUCAGGAGGAAGAGGACGAUGUCAAAGAAGACAAAGUCCAGGCACCUGGCAGGGCAAGGAGGCUUUUGGAGGAAGAGGACGAUGCCAAAGAAGACAAGGUCCAGGCACCUGGCAGGGCAAGGAGACUUUUCCAGGCACCUGACAGGGCAAGGAGGCAUCAGGAGGAAGAGGACGAUGCCAAAGAAGACAAAGUCCAGUCACCUGGCAGAGCAAGGAUACUUUUGGAGGAAGAGGACGAUGCCAAAGAAGACAAAGUCCAGUCACCUGGCAGGGCAAGGAGACAUCAGGAGGAAGAGGACGAUGCCAAACAAGACAAAGUCCAGUCACCAAGGAGACAUCAAGAGGUAAAGGACGAUGUCAAAGAAGACAAAGUCCAGUCACCUGGCAGGGCAAGGAGACUUCUGGAGGAAGAGGACGAUGUCAAAGAAGACAAGGUCCAGGCACCUGGCAGGGCAAGGAGACAUCAGGAGGAAGAGGACGAUGCCAAAGAAGACAAAGUCCAGGCACCUGGCAGGGCAAGGCGACUUCUCCAGGAAGAGGACGAUGCCAAAGAAGACAAAGUCCAGGCACCUGGCAGGGCAAGGAGACUUUUGGAGGAAGAGGACGAUGUCAAAGAAGACAAGGUCCAUUCACCUGGCAGGGCAAGGAGACAUCAGGAGGAAGAGGACGAUGUCAAAGAAGACAAGGUCCAGGCACUUGACAGGGCAAGGGGACAUAAGGAGGAAGAGGACGAUGCCAAAGAAGACAAAGUCCAGGCACCUGGCAGGGCAAGGCGACUUCUCCAGGAAGAGGACGAUGCCAAAGAAGACAAAGUCCAGGCACCUGGCAGGGCAAGGCGACUUCUCCAGGCAGAGGACGAUGCCAAAGAAGACAAGGUCCAGGCACCUGGCAGGGCAAGGAGACAUCAGGAGGAAGAGGAAGUUGCCAAAGAAGACAAAGUCCAGGCACCUGGCAGGGCAAGGCGACUUCUCCAGGAAGAGGACGAUGCCAAAGAAGACAAAGUCCAGGCACCUGGCAGGGCAAGGCGACUUCUCCAGGAAGAGGACGAUGCCAAAGAAGACAAAGUCCAGGCACCUGGCAGGGCAAGGCGACUUCUCCAGGAAGAGGACGAUGCCAAAGAAGACAAAGUCCAGGCACCUGGCAGGGCAAGGAGACUUCUCGAGGAAGAGGACGAUGUCAAAGAAGACGAAGUGAGGACUUCGGCUGUGAAAAGCCACGACCUCCAAACUUCAGGAGACCAAGGGAGCGAAACGGGCUGGGUUGCUGUGGCGGAUGCGAUCGUUCCUGCGAGGCGAAGGAAGCAUGGAAAGGCAGAGGACGAUGUCAGUCGAGACAGCAGCCCCGCACCAGACAGGGAAAGCAAGCAAGCACAGGACAUGGACAAAGUCAAGAAGGACAAAGUCCAAUCACCUGGCAGGAGAAGAACGCAAGCAAAGGUAGAGGAUGAUGCAGAUAGAGACAGCAGCCCCUCACCUGGCAGGGAUAGCAAGCAAGAAAAGAAAACGGACGAAGUCAAGAAAGACAAAGUCCAGUCACCUGGCAGGGAAAGAAAGCAAAGAAAGGCAGAGGACGAUGUCAAUAGAGACAGCAGCCCCUCACCUGGCAGGGAUACCAAGCAAGAACAGGAAAAGCACAAAGUCAAGAAAGACAAAGUCCAAUCACCUGGCCGGGAAAGAAAGCAAGCAAAGGCAGAGGACGAUGUCAAUAGAGACAGCAGCCCCUCACCCGACAGGGAAAGCAAGCAAGCACAGGACAUGGACAAAGUCAAGAAAGACAAAGUCCAAUCACCUGGCCUGGAGAGAAAGCAAGCAAAGGCAGAGGACGAUGUCAAUAGAGACAGCAGCCCCUCACCUGGCAGGGAUAGCAACCAAGGACAGAAAAUGGACGAAGUCAAGAAAGACAAAGUCCAAUCACCUGGCAGGGAAAGAAAGCAAAGAAAGGCAGAUGGCGAUGUCAAUAAAGACAGCAGCCCCUCACCUGGCAGGGAUACCAAGCAAGAACAGGAAAAGCACAAAGUCAAGAAAAACAAAGUCCCAUCACCUGGCAGGGAAAGAAAGCAAGCAAAGGCAGAGGACGAUGUCAAUAGAGACAGCAGCCCCUCACCUGACAGGGAAAGCAAGCAAGCACAGGACAUGGACAAAGUCAAGAAAGACAAAGUCCAAUCACCUGGCAGGGAAAGAAAGCAAGCAAAGGCAGAAGACGAUGUCAAUAGAGACAGCAGCCCCUCACCUGGCAGGGAUAGCAACCAAAGACAGAAAAUGGACGAAGUCAAGAAAGACAAAGUCCGAUCGCCUGGCAGGGAAACAAAGCAAGCAAAGGCACAUGACGAUGUCAAUAGAGACAGCAGCCCCUCACCUGGCAGGGAUACCAAGCAAGAACAGGAAAAGCACAAAGUCAAGAAAGACAAAGUCCAAUCACCUGGCAGGGAAAGAAAGCAAGCAAAGGCAGAGGACGAUGUCAGUCGAGACAGCAGCCCCGCACCAGACAGGGAAAGCAAGCAAGCAAAGGACAUGGACAAAGUCAAGAAGGACAAAGUCCAAUCACCUGGCAGGAAAAGAACGCAAGCAAAGGUAGAGGAUGAUGCAGAUAGAGACAGCAGCCCCUCACCUGGCAGGGAUAGCAACCAAGAAAAGAAAACGGACGAAGUCAAGAAAGACAAAGUCCAAUCACCUGGCAGGGAAAGAAAGCAAAGAAAAGCAGAUGACGAUGUCAAUCGAGACAGCAGCCCCUCACCUGGCAGGGAUACCAAGCAAGAACAGGAAAAGCACAAAGUCAAGAAAGACAAAGUCCAAUCACCUGGCCGGGAAAGAAAGCAAGCAAAGGCAGAGGACGAUGUCAAUAGAGACAGCAGCCCCUCACCUGACAGGGAAAGCAAGCAAGCACAGGAAAAGCACAAAGUCAAGAAAGACAAAGUCCAAUCACCUGGCAGGGAAAGAAAGCAAGCAAAGGCAGAGGGCGAUGUCAAUAGAUACAGCAGCCCCACACCUGACAGGGAAAACAAGCAAGCACAGGACAUGGACAAAGUCAAGAAAGACAAAGUCCAAUCACCUGGCCUGGAGAGAAAGCAAGCAAAGGCAGAGGACGAUGUCAAUAGAGACAGCAGCCCCUCACCUGGCAGGGAUAGCAAGCAAGAAAAGAAAGCGGACGAAGUCAAGAAAGACAAAGUCCAAUCACCUGGCAGGGAAAGAAAGCAAAGAAAUGCAGAGGACGAUGUCAAUAGAGACAGCAGCCCCUCACCUGGCAGGGAUACCAAGCAAGAACAGGAAAAGCACAAAGUCAAGAAAGACAAAGUCCAAUCACCUGGCCGGGAAAGAAAGCAAGCAAAGGCAGAGGACGAUGUCAAUAGAGACAGCAGCCCCUCACCCGACAGGGAAAGCAAGCAAGCACAGGACAUGGACAAAGUCAAGAAAGACAAAGUCCAAUCACCUGGCCUGGAGAGAAAGCAAGCAAAGGCAGAGGACGAUGUCAAUAGAGACAGCAGCCCCUCACCUGGCAGGGAUACCAAGCAAGAACAGGAAAAGCACAAAGUCAAGAAAGACAAAGUCCAAUCACCUGGCAGGGAAAGAAAGCAAGCAAAGGCAGAGGACGAUGUCAAUAGAGACAGCAGCCCCUCACCUGACAGGGAAAGCAAGCAAGCACAGGACAUGGACAAAGUCAAGAAAGACAAAGUCCCAUCACCUGGCAGGGAAAGAAAGCAAGCAAAGGCAGAGGGCGAUGUCAAUGGAGACAGCAGCCUCUCACCUGACAGGGAAAGCAAGCAAGCACGGGACAUGGACGAAGUCAAGAAAGACAAAGUCCAAUCACCUGGCAGGGAAAGAAAGCAAGCAAAGGUAGAGGAUGAUGCAGAUAGAGACAGCAGCCCCUCACCUGACAGGGAAAGCAAGCAAGCACAGGACAUGGACAAAGUCAAGAAAGACAAAGUCCAAUCACCUGGCAGGGAAAGAAAGCAAGCAAAGGCAGAGGACGAUGUCAAUAGAGACAGCAGCCCCUCACCUGGCAGGGAUAGCAACCAAGGACAGAAAAUGGACGAAGUCAAGAAAGACAAAGUCCGAUUACCUGGCAGGGAAAGAAAGCAAGCAAAGGCAGAGGACGAUGUCAAUAGAGACAGCAGCCCCUCACCUGGCAGGGAUACCAAGCAAGAACAGGAAAAGCACAAAGUCAAGAAGGACAAAGUCCGAUUACCUGGCAGGGAAAGAAAGCAAGCAAAGGCAGAGGGCGAUGUCAAUAGAGACAGCAGCCCCUCACCUGGCUGGGAUACCGAGCAAGAACAGGAAAAGCACAAAGUCAAGAAAGACAAAGUCCAAUCACCUGGCAGGGAAAGAAAGCAAGCAAAGGCAGAGGACGAUGUCAAUAGAGACAGCAGCCCCUCACCUGACAGGGAAAGCAAGCAAGCACAGGACAUGGACAAAGUCAAGAAAGACAAAGUCCCAUCACCUGGCAGGGAAAGAAAGCAAGCAAAGGCAGAGGGCGAUGUCAAUAGAGACAGCAGCCUCUCACCUGACAGGGAAAGCAAGCAAGCACGGGACAUGGACGAAGUCAAGAAAGACAAAGUCCAAUCACCUGGCAGGGAAAGAAAGCAAGCAAAGGUAGAGGAUGAUGCAGAUAGAGACAGCAGCCCCUCACCUGGCAGGGAUAGCAACCAAGGACAGAAAAUGGACGAAGUCAAGAAAGACAAAGUCCGAUUACCUGGCAGGGAAAGAAAGCAAGCAAAGGCAGAGGACGAUGUCAUUCCAGACAGCAGCUCCUCACCUGGCAGGGAUAGCAAGCAAGAGCAGGAAGAGGAUGAAGGGAAGAAAGAUGACUUAAGGACACAGGCCAAGAAGAGCCCAGAGGGCCAAGGACACCUCCAGAUGUCCGGCAGCUUCGCCCCCAGCGGCUUCACUGACGCAGAGAGGGACCCUGAACUUACGCUUUGCGUUUCUUCAUUUGGCAGUGCUGACAGACGGACCGGGAGGAGAUCGGAAGAUGCGCCAGAGCUCCUGAGGAGCGAGAUGCCAGAAGAUGGCCAUAGGGAAAGAAGAAAGCAUGGAAAGGAAGAGGAGGAUGUCAAAAAAGACGAAGUAAGGCAGAAGCAAAGCAAGUGGAAGUUCUCAGAAAGGACCAAGAGCCAAGAGACGGAUGAUAGGCCCGGCUCUGCAAGCCGCUCUGGCCAGAGGAGCCCCCGGAAGCCAGAAGAGGAUGACCACAGGACUUCGGCCAAGAGCCAAGAACACCAAAGAUCAGGAGACAAGACAUCAAGCGAAGCGAAAGAUCGCACAGAGAGGGAAAGGAAACAUCAAAAGGAUGAAGGUGAUGAAAAACACGACAAACACCAGGCACCCGACAGGUAUAGGAAGCAUAGGAAGGAGGACGAUGUCAGACAGGACAGGGUCCAGGCACCUGACAGGGAAAGGAGACAUCGGAAGGAAGAGGACGAUGUCAAGAAAGACAAAGUCCAGUCACCUGUCAGAGAAAGCAAGCAAGGAAAAGAGGAGGAUGAUGUCAGAAAAGACAAAAGCCGGUCACCUGGCGCCUGGCGGGAAAGGAAGCAAGAAAAGGAGGAGGAAGAUGUCAAAAAAGACAAAAGCCGGUCACCCGGCCCGGACAGCAAGCAAGGAAAGGAACACGACGUCAAAAAAGACAAGGACCAGGCACCUGACAGAGAAAGGAGACAUCGGAAGGAAGAGGAGGAUGUCAAGAAAGACAAAGUCCAGUCACCUGUGAGGGAAAGCAAGCAAGGAAAGGAGGAAGACGAUGUCAAAAAAGACAAAAGCCGGUCACCUGGCGCCUGGCGAGAAAGGAAGCAGGAAAAGCAGGAGGAAGAUGUCAAAAAAGACAAAAGCCGGUCACCCGGACCGGACAGCAAGCGAGGAAAAGAAGAGGACGUCAAAACCGACAAGGUCCAGGGAUCUGACAGGUACAGGAAGCAAGGAAAGGAAGAGAACGACGUCAGAAAAGACAAAAGCCGGUCACCUGGCGCCUGGCGGGAAAGGAAGCAGGAAAAGGAGGAGGAAGAUGUCAAAAAAGACAAAAGCCGGUCACCCGGCCCAGACAGCAAGGAAGGAAAGGGAGACGACGUCAAAAAAGACAAGGUCCAGGUAUCUGACAGAGAAAGGAGACAUCGGAAGGAAGAGGACGAUGUCAAGAAAGACAAAGUCCAGUCAUCUGUCAGGGAAAGCAAGCAAGGAAAAGAGGAGGAUGAUGUCAGAAAAGACAAAAGCCGGUCACCUGGUGCCUGGCGAGAAAGGAAGCAGGAAAAGGAGGAGGAACAUGUCAAAAAAGACAAAAGCCGGUCACCCGGACCGGACAGCAAGCGAGGAAAAGAAGAGGACGUCAAAACCGACAAGGUCCAGGCACCUGACAGGUACAGGAAGCAAGGAAAGGAAGAGGACGACGUCAGAAAAGACAAAAGCCGGUCACCUGGCGCCUGGCGGGAAAGGAAGCAGGAAAAGGAGGAGGAAGAUGUCAAAAAAGACAAAAGCCGGUCACCCGGCCCAGACAGCAAGGAAGGAAAGGGAGACGACGUCAAAAAAGACAAGAUCCAGGCACCUGACAGAGAAAGGAGACAUCGGAAGGAAGAGGAAGAAGUCAAAGAAGACAAUGUGAGGACUUCGGCUAAUAAAAGCCAAGAACGCCAAAGUUCAGGAGACCAACAGACCCGUGAAGGCCGCACAGAGAGGGAAAGAAAACAUCGAAAAGAUGAUGACAAUGUCAAAAAAGACAAAGUCCAGUCGCCUGUUAGGGAAAGCAAGCCAGGCAAGGAGGAGGACGACGUCAGAAAAGACAAAAGCCGGUCACCUGGCGCCUGGCGAGAAAGGAAGCAGGAAAAGGAGGAGGAAGAUGUCAAAAAAGACAAAAGCCGGUCACCCGGCCCAGACAGCAAGGAAGGAAAGGGAGACGACGUCAAAAAAGACAAGGUCCAGGUAUCUGACAGAGAAAGGAGACAUCGGAAGGAAGAGGACGAUGUCAAGAAAGACAAAGUCCAGUCAUCUGUCAGGGAAAGCAAGCAAGGAAAAGAGGAGGACGACGUCAGAAAAGAAAAAAGCCGGUCACCUGGCGCCUGGCGAGAAAGGAAAGAAGGAAAGGAGGAGGAAGAUGUCAAAAAGGACAAAAGCCGGUCACCCGGCCCGGACAGCAAGCAAGGAAAGGAACACGACGUCAAAAAAGACAAGGACCAGGCACCUGACAGAGAAAGGAGACAUCGGAAGGAAGAGGAGGAUGUCAAGAAAGACAAAGUCCAGUCACCUGUGAGGGAAAGCAAGCAAGGAAAGGAGGAAGACGAUGUCAAAAAAGACAAAAGCCGGUCACCCGGCAGGGACAGCAAGCAAGGCAAGGAGGAGGACGAUGUCAAAAAAGACAGGGAAAGGAGACAUCGGAAGGAAGGGGAGGAUGUCAAGAAAGACAAAGUCCAGGCACCCGAUAGGUACAGGAAGCAAGGAAAGGAAGAGGACGACGUCAAAAAAGACGAAUCAAGGCAGAAGCACAGCAAGUGGACCUUUUCGGACAGGAGCGGAUCGAAAGACAGGCUUGAUGCCUCGAAACCGAGCCCUUCGGGCAGCCCAAGGAGUCCCAAGAAGCCAGAAGAGGAUGUCCAAAGGACUUCGGCCACCAAGAGCCCAGAACGCCAGGGCCGUUCAGGAGAUCCAAAGACCUCCAGCGAAAAUCAUGGUGUAGAGAGGCAGCCCAGCAAAUGGGACUUCUCGGAGAGGACCAGGAGUGGUGGCUCUCGGAGUCCUUCCAGCCAGAGGACUGUGACCAAGAAGAGCCCAGAGCGUGAAGGAGACAAGCCAUCCAGCGAAACGAAAAACCGUGUAGAGAGGGAAAGCAAGAAGCACCAGAAGGAAGAGGACGAUGCGAAAAAAGAUGAAGCAAGGCCGAAGCAAGGUAAGUGGAACUUCUCGGACAGGCCCAGGAGCACAUCGAAUGACAGGAUUGGUGGCUCCCUUAGCCCUUCCAGCCAGAGGGAAAAGGGCGAAGUCAAAGACGAAGUGAGGCAGAUGCAAAGCAAGUGGAACUUCUCGGAAAGGGCCAGGAGCACAUCGAAUGACAGGGCUGGCGGCUCUGGGAGCCGCUCGAGCAGCCAGAGGCGAAGCACCUUGUUAGACGCCUCGGUGCCUGAGAAGGUUAGAGCGCAUGGCUCUGAAACGUCCUCGACUCCAUCCCGUCGGCCUUCCUUCGAUUUGGCGCAGUAUUUUCAGGCGAAGCGUGAUUCCAAUGCAGGAUCAGCGGGGACUGCGCUUCCUUCCACGGUUCCAGCGCGCAGUGAGACGCCAGUGCCACAUUUCGGCAUGGCAGAGACUCAGGAAUCCGACAAGGCUGAGGAGCCAAAGGAGGCCGACACUGCGGUGGCGCGAGGGGCCUUGGAGCAGCUGGAGGUAGCUGCACCACCACUGGGAUAUGAUGGCAUAUGGUGA